AUGAUAGCGAAACAAGCGGAUGUCAUAGCCGCGUUAUCGUUGGACGUGUUAAAGGGGACAACGCGCGCGUAUGACGCUGAUAUACACGAAAUCCGUCCACAUAAAGGACAAAUGGCCACAGCUCAACGACUGCGCUCACUGCUUCACUCCGAGGCGAAUCCAUCUGAAAUAGCUGAGAGUCAUCGCCAUUGCGGACGCGUGCAGGACGCGUACACGUUGCGUUGCGUGCCGCAGGUUCACGGCAUCGUUCACGACACCAUUGAAUUCGUGGCCAAUAUUAUGAAUGUGGAACUUAACAGCGCUACAGACAACCCGAUUGUGCUGUUAGAAAGGCAGCAAAUUAUAUCU